GCUACUACGUUUAACUCCUUAUCAGUCUAGGAACUGCGCCCGUUGCGAACAGAACCCAGUGUGUGUAAUUAUUGAAAACAGAGUAUUUCUUCCUGAUUAGCCUCUAGGAUGAUGGUUAAGCUACUGGUGGCCUUGGUGGUUCUUCUCGCCGGAAUCGUGAUCGGUGCCAAGGACUGCCUGAACAAGUCGCCGUUCCAGUUCCACGAGUUGAAGCAGCCGGUCCACUCGGGCAGGGUCUCGGCCACGCUGGAAGCGGUCUUCAACCGGAAGGGCUUCAACUAUACGGUGCUCGAGGGACACACUUGCCGCAAUACGAGCGGAACCGUGUUCUGGUACCACGUGAUCCUGGACGGUGAGGACGAUGGAAGGUCGGAGGUUUCCGUGCUGGAGCAACGCAAUGGGGUCAAACGGGUCCGCGUGGACUACCUGGUGCGGGAGAAUGGCCAACAGAACUACGUGUACCGCUGGAAGGUGGCUCUAAUAAAGUGACACUGCGGGGGUGAAAAGUUACACCUGGAUGUAGUA